UCUCAAAUGCAUUGAUUCUACAAACAUGCAAGCUGCAUGAGAUUAGAAAGAGGAUUCAAUUUCAGGCUAGCGACAAUGAGAAUCAAGAAUUUCAAGGGUGGCACAUCUGAAUCUCAGCAAAAAGGCUGGAGCUUCCACGUUCGAAACAUCAUGCUUGGCAGUUUUGAAUGCAAAACCAUAUUUGUGUCUAUUGCCUAAAACUGGCUACAAAACCGAGAUGAAAGGAUUUAAAGUUGCCAUGUCCAAAACAUCACUGACUACAAGUUUCGAAUUGCUUGAUGCCUAUGAAGAUGAAUAUGAUGGGGCUGUAAUCGAUCCUGAAUGCUUGCCAGGCAGUGCCAAUGCAUUUGCAGCCAUUCUUGAAUCUUCACUUUCUUACUGGAAGUUAAAGGGGAAGAAAGGGAUUUGGCUGAAAAUACUAGAAGAGCAAGCUGAACUUGUUCCAAUGGCACUAAAGGAAGGUUUCAGAUACCACCAUGCAGAGCCAGGAUAUGUCAUGUUAACUUAUUGGAUACCUGAUGAACCUUGCACGCUACCUUCUACUGCAACCCAUCAAGUUGGUGUAGGAGGAUUUGUCAUCAAUAAAAACAGAGAGGUACUUGUUGUCAAAGAAAAGAAAUGCCCUUUGAGGUGCUCAGGUAUAUGGAAAUUGCCAACUGGUCUUAUCAAUAAGUCUGAAGAAAUAUUUUCUGGAGUCAUAAGAGAAGUGAAAGAAGAAACUGGGAUAGAUACAACAUUUCUAGAAGUGGUUGCUUUCAGGCAUGCCCAUCACGUCACCUUUGAUAAAUCUGAUUUGCUCUUCAUAUGCAUGCUCGAGCCAUUAUCAUAUGAUAUCAACAUUGAUGAGUCUGAGAUCCAAGCAGCCAAGUGGAUGCCUCUUGGUGAAUUCUUGGACCAGCCAUUUCAUCUGGAGGACAGAAUGUUGAAGAAAAUUAUAGAUAUCUGUGUUGCAAGAUACGAAAACCAUUAUUGUGGAUUCACUGCUUGUCAAGUGAUGUCUAAGCUUGAUGAUAGAUUAUCCACUCUCUACCAUGGAGAUAUGAAAGACCUGACCAAAGAACCACUUCCCGAUAAAUGAAUCAUGUCUUGUAGUUUGUUCCUGGUGUAGUAAUUUCUGCAACUUCUCUGUAGAGACAUCUAUACUUAUAAUUGUAAAAAAGUUUGCCAAUCUA